AUGUAUCUUCAUAGAUUUAACCAUACUAAGUUCUACGGUCAGAUUGGCUCAAACUGGCAUCCACCUUGAUCAAAAUAUAUUGGAAAUAAUCAACCAGAACAUUAGGCUGGAGAAAGAAUUUGUUGUUUUGGAAGUUGGCUAUAUAUAAGUAAAAACAAAUGGAUCCUCGUGUGUUUUACCCAGUGAACGAUCAUCAAAGAUUACUGUUUUAACUUUAUCUUGGUUUAAUUAAUGAUAAAAAUGUUAUGUUGAUGAAUAUUCUACGCCGUAUCCGCUUAUCCCAAUUAUUGAGGACAUUUAUUUACUUUGCCCUGCUCUACUUUAUCACGUUUUGUAUCGUCUUUCCAAAGUUACUAUCUAACCUUGGCUACUCCAAGUUAUUUGAACCUAUCGGGAAAGCAGAGGAAUUAGUAAAUUUUAACUUGGAACGAAACAAAUUGGCGAUCAAAUAUUUUGAUAAUUUAAAGAAGGAUGACGUUCAAGUUGUUAAUCUGCAUAAAACUCCAAGUAUAGCGAUCGUCAUAGCUUCUACUCGCCGCACUGGAAAGCAUGUGCGUUACGUAUUGCAGACAACCGCGCGAAUUAUGCAAGAGAUGACCAACGACAAACCUCACGUGAUCGAUUUAACUCUUGUUAAUUCGAACGAUCCACCCGAAGAACACGUGGAUGCAUUAUAUCUGAGUAGUUUUAUCAAAGUGGUCAAUAAUACGAAAAACCAUCACGUUGAUAAUUAUUUACAUAAACAAUGUGAGGAUAUGUUGACUGCGCUUAAAUAUGGUAUGGAGGCUAACUCUGAUUAUAUUGUUGUGUUUGAAGACGACGCGUUACCAGUUCGAGGUUUUUUUAAAAGGCUAACUUAUUUAGUAAACAAGCAAUUACAUGGCAUUGAAAAAUUAGGCUUGGUAAAAUUGUAUUAUCCGGACAAAUGGAGUGGUUAUCAAAAAGACAAGUUAAUAGAAUUGUUAUGUAUGUCUAUAUUUUGUGCUAUUAUUCUCACCGGCGUCACAAUUGCUUUGACGAAGAAACUGUCAAUCACUUUAAGCAUUGAUAGUAUGCUCAUCUUCUUUUGUUUAUAUGCAUUGUAUAUCGCUCUCACAGCUUACUUAAUCGGUAGGGUGCAUUUGGUUGAAGUACUUAGAUACUACCUUCCUUUAUAUCAAACGCUAAUUAAUUGUCCAAGAUGUUGCACACCGGCGAUUUUGUACACAAAACAAUCUGCAGAAAUCUUGCAGAAGAAAAUGAAAUGUCGACAGAGUUAUCCAAUGGAUUUUGUAUUGGAUGACGCUGUUAAAUCAUCCGGAAUAAGACAAUAUUUACUAUUUCCCAAUUUGGUUACUCAUAUUGGGUAUUAUUCUGGUCUAUCUUUUAAAAUUAACAAUCCAGGUGAGCAUUAUUUCCUGUACUCUGUGUAAAUGUGACGGGAUUUGUCCUGUCUUAUGUACCUGUAAAAAAAUUUAAUAUAGGCACUGUCUAUUAAUGUGUUGUACUAUGAUAUUGUAAAAGACACGCCACCCGUA